AUGGCGGCUCUGGGAGAACCUGCACGGCUGGAACGGGAUAUUUGUAGAGCAAUUGAAUUGCUGGAAAAAUUACAGAGAAGUGGAGAGGUCCCACCACAGAGACUCCAGGCUUUGCAGAGAGUGCUGCAAAGUGAAUUGUGCGACGCUGUGAGAGAAGUGCACGUCUGGGACUGUGGACACCAGCAGCCCUGCCCAAGAGCGAGUGCAACCGCCAAGGCCGCUGCAUUUGCUGCCGGUGAACAGCACCCUCAUCCUCGAGUUGUUGAGCUACCAAAACCAGAAGCGGGCCUUGGACUCAAUAUCAUGGGAGGCAAAGAACAAAACUCUCCAAUCUAUAGAUCUCGAAUAAUUCCAGGUGGAAUUGCUGAUAGACAUGGAGGCCUCAAGCGAGGAGAUCAACUCCUUUCUGUGAAUGGAGUGAGAGUUGAAGGAGAACACCAUGAAAAAGCUGUAGAACUCCUGAAAGCAGCUCAAGGAGAGGUCAGCUUAGUGGUCCGAUACACACCCACAGUUCUAGAAGAAAUGGAGUCACGAUUUGAAAAAAUGUGA